GAUAUUUGAUAGCGCGCAAAUUUCUCUGGCUUUCCCUCUUCUUCGCGUAAUUACGUACGGAACGACGACGACGACGCCGAAGAAGGAGAGGGGAGAGUGAGAGAGCGAGAGGGGCCGCUGAUAUUGGGGGACGGCCAUUUUGCCGUGGGCGCUCGAGCUGUGAGUAGUGGCAGCACCCUAGCACUUUCUCUCGUCUCCCGGGGACCUGGCAUUUAUAUUCCAAGAUAUUAAAAAUAUUGUAUCUGCUUGAAAAUGAUGACUGAAUCACAUAUGAACUCUAACCAUGUGUUGAAUUCUGCUCUGAGUCUAAAGCCAGAUCUAGAAAAAAUGGAUGAUGUUGGUUGGAAAGCUAAGCUCAAUAUCCCACCAAAGGACAGACGCAUCAAAACAAGUGAUGUCACAGACACUCGAGGAAACGAGUUUGAAGAGUUCUGUCUGAAACGUGAGCUUCUUAUGGGAAUCUUUGAAAAAGGUUGGGAGAAGCCUUCACCUAUCCAGGAGGCUAGUAUUCCAAUCGCACUAUCCGGCAAAGACAUUUUGGCACGUGCCAAAAAUGGAACAGGAAAAACUGGUGCAUACUCGAUUCCUGUUCUAGAACAGGUUGAUCCCAGCAAAGACGUUAUUCAAGCAUUGAUUAUUGUGCCUACCAGAGAGUUGGCACUUCAGACGUCACAAAUUCUGAGGGAGCUGGCAAAGCACAUGGAUAUUCAAGUUAUGGUUACCACUGGUGGUACUAACUUGCGCGAUGAUAUCAUGAGGAUUUAUCAAAAAGUGCAAGUUAUAAUCGCUACACCUGGCAGAAUUCUCGAUCUCAUGGAUAAACAAGUUGCCAACAUGGACCAUUGCAAAAUUUUGGUUUUGGAUGAGGCUGACAAGCUUCUUUCUCAAGAUUUUAAAGGAAUGCUAGAUCAUGUCAUUUCCAGAUUACCAAAAGAACGUCAAAUUUUGCUGUACUCAGCAACUUUCCCUUUGACGGUAAAACAAUUCAUGGAAAAGCACUUAAGAGAUCCCUAUGAAAUUAAUUUGAUGGAAGAGCUUACCUUGAAAGGUGUGACGCAAUACUAUGCUUUUGUGCAAGAACGUCAGAAAGUCCAUUGUCUUAACACGCUAUUCUCGAAGUUACAAAUCAAUCAGAGCAUUAUCUUCUGCAACACAACGCAGCGCGUUGAGUUACUAGCAAAGAAAAUAACAGAUUUGGGCUACUGCUGUUACUAUAUUCAUGCCAAAAUGGCCCAAGCACAUAGAAAUCGCGUGUUUCACGACUUCCGCGCUGGACUUUGCCGAAAUUUGGUUUGCAGUGAUCUAUUCACUCGAGGUAUUGACGUUCAAGCAGUAAACGUUGUGAUCAAUUUCGACUUUCCUAAGAUGGCAGAAACAUAUUUGCAUCGUAUUGGCCGUUCUGGAAGAUUUGGUCAUUUGGGUAUCGCUAUCAAUUUAAUCACAUACGAAGAUCGCUUCAACCUUCACCGUAUUGAGCAAGAGCUUGGUACUGAGAUCAAGCCCAUCCCCAAGGUGAUCGAUCCUAGUCUGUAUGUGGCGAGACCAGACGACAAUAAUAGUUUGGAGGAGAGCAAUGUGUCCAAGUAGUUCCAUAAUCACAAUUGAGGAUCAUAAUCGCUCAAAGCAAUGGAAAAAGUGUGUCAUGUGAUCGUGACUUAUGGAAACUGAAUGAAAAACAAAUUGCAGGUGUGCGCAUAAUGAUUGGCGUGCUCUGGACUUAUUUGAAGUGAAAAUAUAAGAAAAAAAGUUUUGUGCUACUUAAAUCUGAGGAAUAGUCGAAAAAAAAAAUUGAUUGAAAAAAAUACGUGUUUUGAGAAGUGAAUGAUGAUAAAAAACAUAACAAACCAUUUCAAAGACAAUGUCAGUGCUACAAAAUAAAAUAUAAACUGUUUGAGUAGGCAAUUUUGCGUAAAAAACAAAAUGCAAAAUCAUGGAGAACAAUUAUAGUCAUAAUAAGCAAAGAAAGAGUUACUUGUAAAUAAGGUAUUACUGAGCAUGAAAAUAAUCAUUCGCUUUGCACUUGGUAAACUCAGUGAUUGAAGAAGUGAUUGGAGUGCCAGUGCGAGUCAUUCUUUGUAUAUACUACAUUUAAAUGUACAUAAUACUAUUGUAGCGCACAGUCAAGCCAUUGUUAAGCAAAUAAACAAAUACGAGAAGUGUGUAUCGUAACGGCAUACGAACAUGAGAGUAAAACAACAUUGAUCACAAGUAUGGUUAUCACUAAGUGUAAGUAUCAUGUGUCUGAGAGUAUCUUGCGUCAUUUUAACAUAAAUUUUUAUACAUUCACACAUAAAACGAGAACACAACUGUUGAUUUUUAUGUUUAUAAAUGAGUGAUAAAUUUCGAGAAAAAGUGUGUGAAAGUGAGAGAUUGAACGAUCAAUUGUCAAUAAGUAAUGUCAAUCUACACAUCUGUCAUACUUCGCUCUACGAUCUAACAUAAAUGAAAAAAAUUAAAUACAGUAUAACUCUUAAAAUGAAAGAAAGGUAAGAAAUUAUCCGUACGAUAUAUUGUAGAACAACAGUGGCUUGACUUUGCUAGCUUUACUACUGUCAACGCAACUCUGAAAUUCAAUCGGUUUGCCACACUUUCUAACGCGUGAAUUCACAAAAUGCUAAGUACAAGUAUUAUACAAUUAUUUUUUGCUUUCUACUGGGAAACACCAAAGUUCUUGGUUGUUUUCGUUUUUCAUAUAUACAUUUUUUUUAAUUCAGAUGAAAAGUAAAAUAAACAGAACAAUCGGUUUUUACCAUACUGUGAUUGAACGUCAGAGAUUGUAAAAUUGACUAGUUUUAUACAAUUAUUUUUAUAAUGUAAACUAUGGCUGGUGGACAAUAACUAAUUCUUCUAAUUUUCCUCGCGCGCCUAUCGAGAGGCUCUACGUGUUCACUUGCACAUUCGUAUAUUUAUACAUGAUAACGCGAAGAAUGAAAAAAAUUUCAUCGCGAUUCGUACUUUUUAUCAGUGUAAGAGUUACGUACGUUCGCGGCUCCGUAUACAACGUUAAAGUAUACGCUGAAAAUUCGACAUGAGGUGGGGGGUUAAGAACGAGUACUGCAGAAAAAGUAAAUAAUAAACUCGUCGAGAUUGUAAAUUCACGCGACUUGAGAAUUCUUAGCAACUAAUCGUUGUUUUGUAAAAUAAUACAAAUUAUUUGUAGUAAAGCGACUGGAGAGCGAUCGACGACUCGGAACGAUAAGUUACCGUUCGUAGAGAGGAAAAAACAAACAUUUGAACUCUACAUCUGUCUUUCAAUUUACGUUGGCCUCGUGCCAAAAAUAUUUUAAGCCGAUACCUUCUUUUUUUUUUCGAUCGUUUUGAGGGGCAAGGUACAAAAAAUUUUUACGCGAGAUUAACCAACGCGACAACACGAGCGCGUACAGAUUUACAGACUCGACGAUGGUAAGAAAACUUUUCCCUGAUAAAAGUCGACGUUCAUCCACGCGUAAAGCCUCUCGAAUUCGAUUCAUUGUAAAAAGAAAACAAGUAAAGAAAACGAAUUCCAACCCGGAGAUAAAUUGUUUGCCUUCCUGAGUCGUGUGAACGAACCAACCACAAUACACGCACUUGUGGAAAAAAUUGCAAGAGCCACCAGCCAAAGAUGACCUAGAUUUACGAGAGAAAGAAAGAGAGGGAAACGAAGGGGAAAAAACCGACAACAAUCUUCUCUUAAUCGUUUUUCUUGGUUUCAUUCGUUUUUCCGUCCCGCGGGGACGUACUGUUCUUUCCUACGAUUGUAAGCGCCAGAAGACCCACCUCGCGACGCCUCCGUAUACUACAAUUGAAAAAAGUAAGGGAGGGGACAAAAAAACAAACACACAUACACACAUACACGUGUCAAUGAGGAGCGUGUCGAUGGAUUGAGCGACGAAGCACAAAGAUGAAAAUUAAUAAAAGUCGGCACGCGUGAUCAAUUUAUCUUGUAAAUAUAUACAAUAUUCUAUGACACUACACUAACACACACGUACACGAAAACACACUUUCCGUCAAGAUUUUUGACUGGAGCAAAGACUGUAUAAUAUAUAUAUGUAUAAUAUAAAUGAAAAAAAAACACGAACGAUUGAAAAAGAAGAGGCGUCGCGAGGGGUUUGCAUUGGGCGCGAGAGUUCGAUUUAAUCAUACGCAAUCUGGCGCCUCCGCGAAACGAACGCGGAUUAUUCCUAUGUAUGCGCCGAUUGAAAGAGGUAAGAGAAAAAGAUUUUGUAUAACGAGCGCGAACGAGCAUCAGAAAAAAUUACCGAGACGCUCACCUUUUGUACGAAGCGAACACCACGAGACGAUAUAACGGCGUCUCUUACCUUUUAUGUUUUGCUUUUUUUUCUUCUGCGAAAUAAUUUGUCAUCGUCGUCGUCAUCGCUGUUUUUGUUGUUGUUUCUCCCAAAAGCAAGACCCGACCAAAGUCUCGAUGGUCUGCAAAGAAAAAAAUACAGAAACUUCACUCAGCGACGAAGACGACGACGACGAUAAAAUGUUUCAAAUACGAGAGUAACUGACUCUCAGGGAUUGUAUUGCCGAGGUACACGGCACAGAUUGGUAUUACGUACAAUAAUGGUUAACAUCGGAAAUGCAAAUACGGGAUCUCGUGCGACAUCCGAGGGGAUCCCUGUAGUCUGUAGGCCACGUCGUACGAGUGGAACAACUUUUUGUGUCGUACGCGCGGAAGAGUGAAUACGAGAUUUGCAGUUUUGAAGUUAAAUGAUUGUAAUACGUGUGUAAAUUGACUUAAUCUGUGGAUUAAUGAGUGAGGUACUCGAGGUUCACUCUUUUGUGUUAUUUUAUGAAAAAUACCAGCGAGAACGUUGGAGGUGCGUGUCUAGAGUACAGUAUCUUGUUGUUGAAAUUUGAAGUAUUCGUACUUCAGGUUAUGCUAUAAGUUUGUUGAAAAUCUGAUAGAGUGAGAAUACCCUAGACGCGACUGAUGGCGUUUUGUGUGUUUGGUUGAGCAAAUUGAAAAAAAAAAAAAAAAGAAAAAAAAAAUUAAAAACAAUUCCGGUACUAUUACAAAAUUUAAACUGCCGGCAGUUAUCUUAUGUGUAAUUCGAUCGGGCAAACAUUAUAGAAAUUCACCUCUGAAAUUAGUUACAUCAAAUCAAUAAAUAAAUGGAAAAUUCAUGCGUGAUUCAAGUUUUGUUAAGCCGCGCUUCAAGAUUUUAUUACGAUAUUUCAAAAUCAUCUGGAUAUUCGCCCAAAGAAUUUUAAAAUUGCAAUAAGUCUCGGAACAAAACAUUCUUUCAUGUAUAUCGCGCAAAAGAUUGUACAAUCACAACGAAUUUUUUUUUUUGAAUCGCUAAAACAAAAUAAUGUUAACUCUAAAUCAACAAACUUUUCAUGAAUCUCGCGAAUGAGCAAAAAUUUAUAUUUUAUUAGAAAGCCUGCGUCUCAGCUUAGAAAAAUUUCAUUUUUGAAACAAUGUAUUUCGAACAACGUUUUCUUCGGAAUAAUAAGUAAUUCGGAAUUUUUACUUUUAAAAUGAAAUUGCUAUUUUUACUGACGCAGAUAAUGCAGUAUAAAAAGUUUAUAAAAUUGCAUUUCUAUCGGAAAAUUGUAAAAAAAAAACGUUAGGACUAAAAUUCAAUGUUUUGUCAAUCAUAAUUUUACAACAUUGUGCAGACGAACUCUGUCGUCACUUUUUUCUGCAAAACGAAACCAGAAAAAUCUCCAAACAAAUAAUUAGCAACAUUUAAUAUUUGAUUUAGUUUUUGCGUCGAGUCAUUUUUUUUGCGUUGACAGAGUUCGUCUAAUAAAUAUCAAACUUCAAACUUAUUUGUCAAAAUUUUAAGACGGAGAUAGAAGGCUUUCGUUUCUUCAAUAAAAAAAAAAACAAUCUGAACACCUCAAAUUUACAA